AUGGCUCCCAAACGUUCAAAGGCGCCUAAAGAAGAGGCCCAAGUAUCUCUUGGACCCCAAGUUCGUGAAGGUGAAAUUGUGUUCGGAGUCGCUCACAUUUUUGCCAGCUUCAACGACACAUUCGUCCACGUUACUGACCUUUCAGGCCGUGAAACCAUUGCUCGUGUCACUGGUGGUAUGAAAGUGAAGGCUGACCGUGAUGAAGCUUCACCCUACGCUGCUAUGUUGGCUGCUCAAGACGUAGCCGAGAAAUGUAAAACUCUUGGAAUUACUGCUCUUCACAUUAAGCUCCGUGCUACUGGUGGGAACAAAACCAAGACCCCAGGACCCGGUGCGCAGUCAGCUCUUCGCGCUUUGGCUAGAUCCAACAUGAAAAUCGGAAGAAUCGAAGACGUUACUCCGAUACCAUCAGACUCAACCAGAAGGAAGGGAGGUCGUCGUGGAAGACGUCUUUAA